AUGUCUCUCCCUGAAAGGCCCGGAGCGAGCUCUCCUUUCGAGAACAGUAGAUCAUACAGGAACUCGCCUUCGCGACGAAACCGUCCCGGAGAUGUCGAGACUGGCGGCUACUAUCCCGUAGGAGGACGACCCUCUCAUCAACGUGGACUUUCUGCGGGUGGGCAUUCUGCGACAUCUUUCCCCGAGACAAUCUCGUCUCCUAAUAUCAACACAGAGAACAUGCCGCUUUCGCCGACGUUCGAAGCCUCAGUCGCAGGUCCUUCUUCGCCCGAACCUUUCCAGAGAAAACGAAGUUUAAUUCGACCCGAGAGACACAGGAUCGACAAGGACCACCCCAACUAUUACUACCGCAAGCAUGCCGCCAACAUGAACGUUUUGCCGUCCGCGACUGGAAACGACCCGAUUACCGAGGACAUGGAAGGGACAACUGACGUUUCAGGGCGCUCGCAGACCAACGACAACUACUCUGACGCCUCUCCGCCCAGGGGCCCAAACAGCAGGCAGGGCAGCGUGGAGGAGAAGAAGGGAGGUCCGACCCGGACAAAGACGAAGCGAGUGAGCCGACACAAGUCGGGCAAGCUGACCAAGGAAGGAAAACGCAAACAGCAGGUCGAGCAGGUUAGCCCGCCAAGUUUCUGGAACGUCUACUGUGCCAUCAUUACCUUCUGGUGCCCCAACUUCAUGCUGAAGUGCUGUGGUAUGGCCUCCAAAGCCCAGCAGCGAGCUUGGAGGGAAAAGGUCGGCCUGAUCAGUCUCAUCCUGCUCAUUAUGGGCUUCGUCGGUUUCUUGACCUUCGGUUUCAACCAGGCUGUAUGCGGAACCCCUCCACCUCGUCUUCGCGUCAACGAGGUGUCGGGGGGGUACAUGAUCUUCCACGGAACGGCCUACGACUUGUCUGGUUCUCGCCACCCCCCCGCUGACGGUGUGCCCAUGAUCAACAGAACUCACGGCGCCAACGUUUUGUACGACUUGCCUGAAAAGAACGGUGGAAAGGAUGGCAGUUUCUUGUUCCAGAACGUCAAUGGUCGUUGCAAAGGACUCAUCACCGCUGCUGAUAAGUCUGAUGUUCCUACGAACAGCGCUGGCGAUCUGGCCUGGUAUUUCCCCUGCACAGUCUUCAACCAGGACGGAUCUUCGAAGCCUAACUUGACCAUUCCUUACUACCUGGGAUGGGCGUGUCACACUACCAAAAAGUCUCGCGAUACAUUCUAUCUUGAUUUGAGCGGAUCUGCUGACGUCUAUUUCUCCUGGGACGACAUCAAGAACAGCACCCGAAACUUGAUUGUCUACUCUGGCAAUGUCCUCGACUUGGACUUGCUUAACUGGUUUAACACAACCCAGGUUAAAGUGCCCGCACGCUUCAACGAAAUCAAGGACAAGAGCUCGGCCGUCAACAAGGCUAUUCGUGGACGUGAUGUCACCAGAGCCUUCCAGUCUUCCAGUGACAAGCAGAUGGCUGAGUGUUUCGAGGAGAUCAUCAAGGUCGGAUCUGUCGAUACUGACACUGUCGGUUGCAUUGCUUCCAAGGUCGUCCUCUACGUUUCGCUGGUUCUCAUUCUCGCCGUUGUCUUGACGAGAUUCUUCCUCGCUAUCUUCUUCCAGUGGUUCAUCAGCCGAACAUACGCAGCUGCCAAGACGUCUCAGUCCGGAGACAAGCGCAAGCGUAACCGCCAAAUCGAGGACUGGUCUGAAGACAUCUAUCGAGCACCUCCUAGACUGCCUGGCGAUAUUGGAAGCAGCGUUAAUGGCUCUUCUGACCGUACCAGCAAGCGUGGCAGCUCCUUCCUUCCUACAACUUCCAGGUUCUCUGCUGUCUACGGAGCCGGUGCGGUUCCGCCCGCUGCAAAGCGUGCUCCGACGACGAUGGCCAGCUCCGGAGCGGGCAACAACAUGCUUCAUCCAGGCAACGCCAUGUACCGCCAGGGCAACGACAGCCGCUCCAGUUUCCUCCGUUCGGACCCUUACACUAGCACUGCCAGCCCGACUGAAGGCCCUGGACCUGCAGGCUUCAUUCACGAGGCUGUGGUUCCGCAACCACCUGCCGAUUGGAUGCCGUUUGGAUUCCCCCUCGCUCACACUAUGUGCUUGGUCACCGCCUACUCUGAAGGUGAUCUUGGUCUCCGAACAACGCUAGACUCUAUCGCCAUGACCGACUACCCCAACAGCCACAAGGUCAUUGUCAUUAUUUGUGACGGUAUCAUCAAGGGUCAGGGCGAAACCAUGUCGACCCCCGACUACUGCUUGGCGAUGAUGAAGGACCAUACUAUUCACCCGGAUGAGGUUGAGCCUUUCUCCUACGUAGCCGUUGCCAGUGGUUCGAAGCGACACAACAUGGCUAAGGUCUAUUCCGGUUUCUACGACUACGGUGCCAAAUCUGCCAUUCCCCUCGAGAAGCAACAGAGGGUUCCCGUUUUGCUCGUAGUCAAGUGCGGCACACCCGAUGAGGCUACCAAGUCCAAGCCGGGCAACCGUGGCAAGCGUGACAGUCAGAUUAUUCUUAUGUCGUUCCUCCAGAAGGUCAUGUUCGAUGAGCGUAUGACUGAGCUCGAAUACGAAAUGUUUAACGGUUUGUGGAAGGUUACAGGUAUAUCGCCUGAUUUCUACGAGAUAGUACUCAUGGUCGACGCCGAUACCAAGGUCUUCCCCGAUAGUUUGACUCACAUGGUUUCUGCCAUGGUCAAGGACCCCGAGAUCAUGGGUCUUUGCGGAGAAACGAAGAUUGCCAACAAGCGUGACAGCUGGGUUUCCGCCAUCCAGGUCUUUGAGUACUUCAUCUCUCAUCACCUGGCCAAAUCCUUCGAGUCUGUAUUUGGUGGUGUCACCUGCUUGCCCGGUUGUUUCUGCAUGUACCGCAUCAAGGCGCCCAAGGGAGCUCAGGACUACUGGGUCCCUAUCCUGGCCAACCCUGAUAUCGUCGAACACUACUCAGAGAACGUCGUGGACACCCUGCACAAGAAGAACCUUCUGUUACUCGGUGAGGAUCGCUAUCUGACGACUCUCAUGCUUCGAACUUUCCCCAAGCGUAAGCAGGUCUUUGUUCCUCAAGCCGUCUGUAAGACCACCGUUCCCGACACGUUUGCCGUUUUGCUUUCUCAGCGUCGACGAUGGAUCAACUCGACUAUCCAUAACUUGAUGGAACUGGUUCUGGUCCGUGACCUGUGUGGUACUUUCUGCUUCAGUAUGCAGUUUGUCGUUUUUAUUGAACUGAUGGGAACGCUUGUGUUGCCUGCUGCUAUUGCUUUCACCUUUUACGUCGUCGUCAUCUCCAUCGUGAAUCAGCCGCCGCAAAUUAUCCCUCUGGUUUUGCUAGGUCUUAUUCUUGGUCUUCCCGCUGUUCUCAUUGUCCUGACCGCACACUCAUGGUCUUACGUUCUCUGGAUGCUCAUCUAUCUCGUCUCCUUGCCCAUUUGGAACUUCGUUCUGCCCACUUACGCGUUCUGGAAGUUUGACGACUUCUCGUGGGGUGAUACCAGAAAGACGGCAGGUGAAAAGACGAAGAAGGCUGGCCUCGAGUAUGAAGGCGAGUUCGACAGCAGCAAGAUCACCAUGAAGAGGUGGGCCGAGUUUGAGCGCGACCGUCGGACGCGCAGCAACUACUGGGGCUCCAAGGAGAACGUCGUGGGAGGCGGCAACACCUGGUCGAUGCCUCCAGGACACCACUACAAUGACGAGUACUACCAAUCUGACGCAUAA